UUUUGCAGCUUGGGCAUGCUGCUUGUACUGCUAGUAAUCUUCUCACAAUUUGAUGCGGGACAAGCUCAGGAUGUUGAAGAGAAUGUGAUUACCCAUGAGUACAGCCACAGUUCAAGUUCCCAUGAGUGCAGCCACAGCUCAAGUUCUCAUGAAACCCACGUAGAAAAUGUUCAAGAGUUUACUGAUGGGAAUAUACAUACCGGAGAAACCGUAAAUUUGAUGAGCUUCGCAAAUUUGCCUCCAAAAAUUCAUUACGACAUAUCACAUGAAAGCAUACACUUCAAACCAGAAAUAACAUAUGUGAAACCAGAAAUAACAUAUCACGUCAAUAAGGAACCAAACGUAGUAGUGCAGCCUAUCAAUAUCAACUACCGAGUGAAACCAGUGGAUAUUAAUGUAGAUUUGACUAUCAAGGACGAGCGGGAGUCAGAGUUUGACGACAGCUUUCAUCGUCAUCACAAGGAAAAGCCUUGUGGAAGAAAACACGGCAAAUGCUCUUCCUCAUCACUUGGACGCAGUACCCAAGAUAGACAGCACACGAAGCAGGGCUGCCAUCGAUGUCAUCCAGCUCCAUUUUGUAAAGACUGCAAGCUCACUAGAAGACAAGUGGACGACAUCCUGGACAUAGUAAAUGACAGACGAUCUCUAUUGCUCAGGCAUAGACAACCCAAUGGCCAUGAAGGACUUUUGCCACAAGCCAAAAUUAUGCCCAAACUGAGCUGGUGCUGUGGACUUGAAAAGCAAGCGUUGCGAGCCAAUAUCAGACACUGCCCAUCUGCUAGUCCACGAGCUCCUCGAGGAAAUGCUUUGGUUUAUGACGCAGAUUACGACAACAAUUAUAAGAUUUCGGAUGUGCUGCGGAAAAUUCUUUCAAGCAUUGACAGCGAAAGCCUCAGCGAUAUUCAUGGCACAAGUGUGAGAUACAGCGGGGAAGUGGACCUCAAGGCAUACGCUAACUUGAUGCGCUGCGAUGCCACGAAAAUAGGCUGUGCCUGGGUCAAGUGCUCUGGUGAAGGAGGCGACGACAAGUAUGCGUUGUAUUGUCUUCUAAAUAAGGGUAAUAUUCGAAAGGGUGACAGAAUUUAUGAUACAAGAGGACCUGCAUGCCGUUGUAGACAUUGCGACAGAUCUGGCAAAUGUAUACAACCCCCAACACCAAGAACUGAGGCACCUCCAACGCCCACUCUACCUCCUAGGCAAGGAACUGAAGCAAAGUUCUACAAAGAAGGACCAAACACAAUAUGCUCAUGGCACGACUACAUGGGCGACACAAUGAGAAUGCAUAUGCAAGACACUCAUAACUUCCGACGACACGUGCUCGCCUUGGGGAAGGGAAAAGUCAAGGACAGUAAAGGAUGGAGCUAUCCAGCUGCCACUAACAUGAACUAUCUAAACUGGGAUUGUCAGUUGGAAGAAGACGCUUACAACUACGUAAAAGAUUGCCCUACGCAAGGUAGUGGAGCACCCAACGAAAACUUCUUGCGAAGGAGAAUCACUGCUCAUGAGCCAACAUAUAGGGAUAUCAACAAACUGUCGGUUACUACAUGGUGGAAGGUUCAUCGCAAGCAUAAUGGCCUCGGAGCAAAAGUCAUAUUCCGUGGUAAUCCUCCGUUAAGUAGUUUUACCCGGAUGGGCUGGGCUCAAGCUACAAAAAUAGGCUGCGUCAUAGCCAAAUGCGGAGAUGAUUUUGUGCAAUCCUGUCGUUAUGGUCCAAAGGUAAAUCAAGUCAAUCAACAAAUGUACAUCCCUGGAAAAGUCUGCUCUAAGUGCGAUUCCCUUGGUCAGGGACCGUGCGUGCCUGCACUUGGACUUUGUGCAAAACGGGGCUGAUUGCCUGUCUACUGUUCAGUUCUAUUUGCAGUCGUAAUAAAAAUCGCAUUUGCUUUUUUGUUAGCGGAUUGCUAGAAAUUGCAGUUAAUUUC